UCCCAGGUGGGGGGGGACAGAACACCUGGAGCCCUCUCUGGGGUGGGCGGUCCCCAACACCUGGGUCCCUCCUGUGGGGGGCUGCAGACUUCGGGGGAUCCCCAACCCUGGUGUCCCCCCUUGGGGGGGUGCAGAUUUGGGGGAUCCCAGGGCCUCCCUUGCAGAGGGCAGCCUGGGGGGAGGUUCCUGCACACCUGUGUCCCUUCCCAUGGCAGGGGGGUCUGAAGACCUUGGGACCCCCCCAACACCUGCGUCCCUUCCCGCACACCUGGGUCCCCUCCCAGGAGGGCCGGGACCCCCGGCCUUGGGCCCGGCUAUAACUGGACCGCGGAGGCUUUGCCCGGGAAGUGACCGUGGCGACAGCAAUGGCGUCGGUGCUGCUGGUGACACUGGUGGCCACAGUGGCCAUGCUGGGCUGGGGGGUGGAGGCCCAGUGCCCCACAGCAGCGGACCUGAACCCAGUCAAUGGCACCCGGGUGUGCGCCCAGCUGUAUGCCGACAACAGCCCCUACUAUGACCAGUGCUGCGCUGGGGAGGUGCUGGUGGUGCCGCCAGGCAGUGACAUGCCCUACAUGCCCACUGGGUGGUCCGCCCGCGCCUCCUCCCUCGUGGUGGGCACCAAGUGCGAGCUGACUGUGUGGUCGCGGAAGGCCAAGGAGGGCAAGUCACAGCGCUUCACUGCCGGCGCGGUGCCGCGGCUGCAGGAGGUGCGCCGGGGGCUCUUCGGAAACUGGAACGAUGCCAUCCAAGGGUGUUACUGCACCUGCAAGUGAGCAGUGGCGCGGGGCGGGGCGGCGGCACCAGGGAGCGGGGGCUGAGGCCGGGCAAUGGGAGUGGCCAUGAGGCAGUGUGGGUCAACGUGGGUCAGUGUCGGUCAACGCGGGUCAACGUCGGUCAAUGCGGGUCAACGUCAGUCAACGUGGGUCAAUGUGAGGCAACGCGGGUCAACGGGAGCCAGUGUGGGUCAAGAUGUGCCAGCAUGGGUCACUGCGAGUCAAGGUGGGCCAAGACCCAUCAGCGUGCGUCAGCCUGAGUCAAUGUGGGCCAAGCCAUGCCCAAGUUGGCCAAGAGAUGCCGAUGUGAGCCAAGAUGAGCCGACACGAGCCAAUGUUGGCCAAGACAAGUCAACACGAGUCAACACUGGCCAAGAUCCACCAUCAGGGGCCAACCCAUGCCAAGCCAUUCCAACCUUGGCCGAUGCGAGUCAGUGUGGGCCAAGCCGUGCCAAGGACACGCCCCUGAGGAGACCCCGCGUAUCCCACCGGUCGGCACAGCCACACCCCUCUGCCCCCUCCGUGCAGUCAAUAAAGCCCUGAGGAAGCAGCA